AUGCUGAAGUGGGCUGUAACACCACGGGCUAAUGGUGAUUGCUUUGAACAAGAUGGUAUUCAUAAUGGUGAUAAUCGUGAAUUGUUAACCCUACAAGCAAUUAUUGAACAACAUCGUCUUCCAUGUCUUGUUCGUCUUAUUAAUGAUGACAUAAAUGAAACACUUGACAACUAUUGUCUACUACUUUGUCAAACAAAUGAUCCAUAUUUACUUGUUUCAAAUGAAUCUGAACGUUUUUCUAUUCCACUUUCAUUUGAUGGUCUUUUUGCUCCUGUCGAACAAGGAGUUACUCGUUAUAAUAUUCUUCAAUCAAUACGUGCUUUACAAUCUCAUUUGAAACUUCAACCAUCAUCAGCAUCAUCCUCAUCAGGAUUUUCACAAUUUACUACUUUACAACCAUGUAUGGCAUAUAGUAAUUCAGCUCUUCGUCGUAUUCGUUCUGGUACUAUUCUUGAACCAUGUCGUGCACCAAUAAUAACAUGUCGAUCACCAUCACCAUCAAAUUCAACAUCAUCAUCAACAACAACAACAUCAACUAAACGUAUACGUGCACUUCUUGCUAAUAUACCACAUUCAUUAAAUAAACAUAUUCUACCACAUCAUCCACAUUCACGUAUAUUUAAAAAUCAAAUGCCACCAAGUGAUUAUCUUGAAGUAAAAUCACUUCAAUAUGAUGAACAUUUUUGUUUAAAAUCAGAUUCGAUGGGUGUGUUCGUUCCUGUAUAUACACAAUUACCAGCAAAUAAUACAUCUCGUCGUUCAUCACUUUUACCUUGUUCUUCACCAUUUUCAUCAUCUUUUUCAAAUCAAGUUCAAGGUCUAUAUACAGUGGAAUUAUUAAGUAAAUUGAUUCAUCAAUAUCCACUUAUAACAGAACUUAUUGUAAGUCGAACAUUAGAAGAAAAUGUACCAACAUCUGUUGGUUAUCCAUUUCGUCGAUUAACAUUACAUCGUCUUGUCGAACAACAUACACGUAUUAUUGCAUUUGAUAUGAAAAACUAUGCAUUUCUUGAACUUGAUACAACAAAUUCAAUUGAUCUUUAUGCAGUUGAACAUGAUGAUACAUUAUUUCAACGUUAUCAAGCACAAUUACGUUGGUGUGAUUCACAUAUGUCUCCAUUUCGUUCACAAAUUAAAACUGUUGUACAUUCAUCAAAUGGUACAGCAAUGUUUGUUCAAGCUACACCACUUCAUGGUCAACAACUUCAACAAUAUCAUCAACAUCGAAAUUCUACAUCUAAAACAACUUCACCAAUUCCUAAACAUAUACCACAAACAAUAUUUACAUCUCAAGAAUCAAUUUCAUCACUUCGUUCACGUGCUCGUACUCCAUCAGCAUCAAAAUUUAAUACAACAUCAAAUCAUUUAAAACAAGAUCAACUUCAAUUAAAAAGUAAAACAACAAGAUCGAAUGGAACAACACGAAAAGAUGUACGCGUGUAUUUCAAUGAUCCAAUUAUUCAAAAGCAACUAGAAGUUACAUCACGACCAAUGAUUAAACAAACAUCUUUUAAUAAAAAGCACUCAUCCUAUCGAACAAAUAGUACGGAAAGUGACAGUAUUGAUGGUGAUGGAGAAAUUGAAGAUUCAUAUCAAUGUACAGCGCUAUAA